UCUAGAGAAGUGCUUAUCCAAUUCUGAUUAAACUUGCUUAGGACAUUAUUGAGUGUGUCAGAAUAAUGGUGUUUAUGGUGGCUGUAUUGUCUAUAUAUCAAACCUACAGUAACUAGAGAACCGCUUCUGCAAUGAAACUUGCAAAGGACAUUCUUCAACUCAACCUAUUGAGAAUAUCCAGUAUCUGGGAGUAUAUGGUUUCAGCCUGCCUUGCCGGUAUGCCUGUCCGUCUGUCGUUAUUACUUCUAGAGAAGCACAUGUAAGAAAUUUAGUUAGGACAAACUUUCACAUGAUAUUUAGAGUGUCAGAAUCUGGAGGUAUAUGGAGGCAUCCGUCUAUCUGUCAACGUCAAAUUUCUAUGUAAACAGUGUACUGAUUUAUCAGAACAUCAGCCUGUGGGGAUUUCUAGAAAACUAUGACCGGUUGUCUUGACUGCUAUGCAAUGGGAGUGUUAUUUCCAUCCCUGCAUGUAAGGCUGGUAAAACACACUGUAUUUAACACCGUUUCCUCUGAUUGUCCAUUGAAAACAAUGUUUUGUGCAAAGUUUAAACAGUAAGCAGCUAAUAGCAGUUACUUUGGAAUACAUUCAAAAGAAUGAAAUCAGUCUUGAUUCGUGUACGUUGUACAUCUUUACGGGGAUGCUAAUAUUGGUAUUGCGGAAUGUUUUUUCUGAGUCAUCUUUAGUACUACGUCUGUGAAAUGGUGACUCAGAAAGAGACCUGUUAACUAUAGGUACCGCGGCCAGGCAGGAAAUGAUAAGUUUCAGAAAGAAAAGCCACAAUGCAAUCACUGUGUAUACCAUCGCUCUCUUCUGCAUUCAAUAGUAAGCUCCCCUUUGAACGCAGGCUGUGGUCCUCGCAUUGUGUCAGCGUAGUCCCCAGCCUCUAAUUUUUGGAAUCAAAAGGGAAUUCCAUGGCUGUGAUUGCAGCGCCUCCAGUGAUGUCUGCUGUUGUAAUGAUGUUUGACCUGACUUGUUUUAUAAUCAUUCAGUCAGGCAGGGUGUUGACUGUUGAGCAAAAAAAAAAAUAACGUUAGAUUUCAGUACUGGAAAUGCCUGUAGCUGUUUUCUUUGUUACUUGCGUAAUGACUGGCCCCAUAGUUGCGAAAUAUUGAUUCAAGUGAGUUCAAAUUAAUUCAUUAAAGUUAAGACAAAUCAUUUUGGUAGAUAUUCUUCCUCCGUUUCAGUGGAUGGGGACAAGAAUUACUACUGCACAUACCUAUUGAUUAUUUUUCAAACUAUGGUACACCAGCAAUUAAUUUUUACAAGCAGACACAGUUGUGGAAAAGGGUCGUUUUGACCGGAAUAUGACGUAAGCAGAAACUACAGCCGAGAAAUGACAGAGAACACACAUCAUAGGAUAACAGGGUGUGAGCGGAAUGUCCAUGGAUGAGCAGACUGAAGCCCCCAUGUAUGUGUAUGAGUCAACAGUGCACUGUACCAACAUCCUCCUGUGCCUCAAUGACCAGCGGAAGCAGGAUAUCCUCUGUGAUGUCACGGUGUCAGUGGAGGGGAAGGAGUUCCGAGCUCACCGGGCUGUCCUGGCUGCCUGCAGCGAGUACUUUUUGCAGGUUCUGGCAGGGCAGGCCAAGUAUGAGUCCGUCAGCUUGCCAGAGGAGGUCACUGCCAGGGGAUUCGCCCCAUUGUUGCAGUUUGCCUACACUGCUAAGCUGCUACUCAGCAGAGAAAACAUCCAAGAGGUCAUCCACUGUGCAGAAUUCCUGCGCAUGCACAACCUGGAGGACUCCUGCUUUCGCUUCCUGGAAGCCCAGCUCCUGAGCGAGGAAGAUGGCGUGCUCCUUUGCCGCAAGGUAGCUUCUUACCCCCGAUCCCAGGAAGAUGAGAACUCAGAGGAGGAGCAGGAUGAGAGCAUGCAGUCCGAGACCACCAAGACCGGCAGACUGCUGGAACAGGAAGCCAUUGCUGUGCAGAUUCCUGAAAUGUUCCAGGACGGCAGGGCAGACUUUGAGAAACACGGAGCAUCAGACCUGCCGCGCUGCCCCAAGUAUAGGAAGUAUCAGCUGGCUUGCACCAAGCACAAUAACGAUGUAUCACACACCAGUACCUCAGGUUUUCCAAGCACAUUCAAGGAAACGAGCUCCGGCAGCAGCAGUGCCCCCCACAGCCAGGGACUGUCUUUGGGACAGAUCAAAAACGAACCUCGCGCCGAGGAGGAGAGCAUCUCACUGUGUCUGUCAGGGAACGAGCCAGAGAAAGAGAACGACGGCAUGGCAGAUAUGGAACUGGAUGGCAAGCAGCGCAGCCCCCUGUACGUGGACAGGCCUAAAAGCAAGUCUCCAACGUGUUUGAGGUCUUUUUUAAAAAAAGGGACCGAUCUGUUGGGUUUGCCCAGCACACCACAGCAGCUUUUUACCAACAGAACAGCCUGUCCCCAGGAAAAAGUAGAAACUCAGGGUGACCACAAAACUGACUAUGAGACGUACUCUGUGGGUAUGGGGCUAUCAGUGGCGUCUCAGAAAGAUUUUGCCGGUUUCCAAGUGGGAUUACCAUUAAGGACUCUCUCGUGUGACGGAGUAUGCAAGCAGGAAUCGGAGCUGGACCGCAGGAGCGUCAUUUUUUCCUCAGUUACAGACGACCUACGGGGAACUCCAGCGCAUUCAUACCCUGGAGGGAACACCCUGGAUACAGAACUAUCAGAACACAUGCCAAAGGGUCUGUGGGCCGGUGCUAGCCAGUCCCUUCCGUGCUCACAGACCUACUCCCCCAGUGGACUGCCCUCCGAGCCCAUGGUGCAAUGCAGGCCUCGGCCCAACACCAGCUGCCCAGUGCCAAUCAAGGUGUGUCCCCGUUCCCCUCCCUCGGAAACGAGGACCAGGACUUCUAGUUCCUGCUCUUCAUACUCCUAUGCAGAAGAUGGAAGUGGAGGUUCCCCUUGUAGUUUGCCACAGUUUGAAUUUUCCACCUCUCCCCGGUGUCUCGCUACCGAUCAACAGGAGCAAGGUAUGGCGGGCGAGGCCAUGUAUAACCAGGUCAGGCCCAAGAUUAAAUGUGAGCAGUCAUACGGCACCAAUUCCAGUGACGAGUCUGGCUCAUUCUCAGAAGGAGACAGCGAAUCAUGCCCUGCUCAAGAACGAGGGCAAGAGGUCAAGCUUCCUUUCCCAGUGGAUCAAAUCACAGAACUUCCAAGGAAUGACUUCCAAAUGAUGAUAAAAAUGCACAAACUAACCUCGGAGCAACUGGAGUUCAUUCACGAUAUCCGACGGAGGAGUAAGAACCGCAUCGCAGCUCAGCGCUGCCGGAAAAGGAAACUGGACUGCAUUCAGAAUCUCGAAUGUGAGAUCCACAAAUUGGUCUGUGAGAAAGACAAGCUGCUGACAGAGAGGAACCAGCUGAAAGCCUGCAUGGGAGAGCUGUGGGAGAACUUUUCAUGUCUUUCCCAGGAGGUGUGCCGGGACGUGCAGCUCAGCCCAGAGCAGAUCCAGUCCCUGCAGAGGUACUGCCCAGUCCUCAGGGCAGCGGAUCAAACAGGCGCCACCGCCACUGCCAGCAUCAAGCCAUCUUCUUCCAAGACCCCCUCACUGGGCUCAGAACAAAGCUUCAUGAAUUCUCAGUGCACGGGGGAAAGCAUGCAGUGCUGCACAGAACCAAGCCCCGCUCAGCUUGGGGCCCAGUGGUUGCCUGGCAACGGAUCAGAAAGCUGCAUAGGAGGAGUCUCACUCGGUGAACACGAGCCGGAUACUUACCUAGAAAGGGGCCCUUCCCUUGAACAGUGCAGUCAGACAGUCACUGUGGACUUCUGCCAGGAAAUGACUGAUAAAUGUACAACUGAUGAACAGCCUCGGAAAGACUGUUGCGAAUAACUUGGGCUCUUUAUUCUCCCCCAUGCCUGGUAGGUCAGUCCAGUUGGGUCGGUCAGCUUCUGCCAGUGUUCUUUGGGACUUUCUUUUAAGAGAAAAGGUUGACACUACAGUUGUCUUAAAAGCAGCAAUACUGUUCUCCAGGUAUUCUCUCCUUUGCAUAAAAAUGGGACUUUAAUCCUCACUAUGGUGCUACACCUUGCUCAUACAAGGAACUCAGCAGUGGCAACACUGUUUUUACAUAAUAGGGCAGAGAACAUCUCAGAUUUAAAAACCUCUACGGACCUAGCAGCAGCUCUACUUGUGUUUCUCUCUCUCUCUCUCUCUCUCUCUCUCUCUCUCUCUCUCUCUCUCUCUCUCUCUCUCUCUCUCUCUCUCUCUCUCUCUCUCUCUCUGUGGCCCAUGUCACACCGAUGCAAACUCAGGAAAUUGUUCUGAAUGUUCAGUAUUGUUCAUAAGAUAAAUGACAGUUUCUGGAGGCAGAUCAAGAGUUUCAUACAGCAGCUAGACUGCACGUAUUCAUAUGCAAGAAUCUCUUCUGCAUCCCUCGUUUGUAGCAUUUCUGCAACUGGAACCCUUCAUGUGUCCUGCUACAGAACUUCAAAUUCAAACAUUCCUCUUUUGCCUUUUACAAUAUUAAAGUAAAAAAAAAGCAGUUACUUGGUUAGGUUUCCAUGCAUCAACAAUAUCAUUUUUUUGUACUUAUUUAUAAAAUGUUAGAACGCUUGUUUGGCAGAUGGUUUAAUGUAUAUAGGUGUGGCACUGCCAUAGGGUGCCAUUUGAGCAUAGUGACUUUGGUCAUGUAAAGACUACAUAAAAAGGUUAACAUUAUAUUCACACUAGGCUUCAGCUGAGCGUCGUUACCAGGGUCGCACAGAUGCUGUCAUUUCUUAGUUUUGCUUUCCUGUCUUCAGAAAUGUCCUAGUAUUCUUACACUCAGGAUACCAGCCUUGUUAAAAAUGAGCUGAAAUGUAAUGUAAUGGGUUGAGUGUUGAAAUGAGAAACAGAGAGCAGGAAACAGGUCAUGCGUGGUGAAUAUGAACUGAUUACCUGACACUGAGUAACACGUUAAUGAGACCUGUUAUCUGUUUGAAUUCAUAGCGGGCAGUUAUAUAGGGGUGUCCUGAUGGAGAACAGGGCGGGUCAUGUAAAAGAUUUGAAAGGAGAAAUAACAUGCUAUUUAAAAAACAAGCCAGGGGGUGAGUUUUUGGCCAUGUUUCUCAUCGGUGUAACAUUAUUCAGUGUUCAUUUUAUUUCAGUUAUUGCAAACAGUUGGCGCUUUGGUAUAAACGUAUUAUAAGCUAUGCUGCAGUAUUAUCAGUAGUAUACGUCUCUUCUUACUUUGUCUUUUAUUCUGUACUAUUAGACUUUGGUAAGUCUUAUCAGCUCCUUUAGAAAUCUUAGCACUUUUUUAUGAAAUGCUCUGAGCACUCAAAGCGCAAAUCCGGCUCUACAGAAUGGGGUAUUUUGUAAUCUGGAGUUUUGAAGCCCUGCAAAACUAGGGAAGAAUGCACUUCAUUUGGCACUUAUAGAAAUUGCCCCCCAGUGGUAACAAAAUAUGUUGUUUUCCUUGUAAAUUUAUAAACUUGUGCUAAUUUGGAAAGAAUUUGGGGUUAACAAGGAAAUGAUCAUACUUAGUAUUGUGAUGCCUGAGAUGAUCUGGUUAAGAAUGAGACAGUCAGUAUUUCAAAUGACCAAUCAUUAAACUUUU